AUGUCCUCCGAGGUGAGCGACGUCGAGAAAAAGCCCGUUGCGGUCGAUGCAUCGAUACAAAGUUCGCCCGUUGACGUGGCCGACGUAUACCAUCUGCCAGUUGAGGCCAGAGACAAACCAUUGACGCCGGCACCGACCCAAGACUCCCUCGAUCCUUUGAACUGGUCCAGGCUACAGAAAUACAACAUCAUCGGCAUCGUGUGCUUCUUUUACUUCCUGUUGACGUACUUGACCACUGCCCCGGUGCCAUCGUUCUCGCUUCUCGAGGAGCAAUUCGAUGCCUCGUACAACCAAGUCAAUUGGUCCUUCGGCAUCUCUGCCUUUGGCCUCGCGUUUGGCCCUCUGGUCACCUCAUCGCUGGCAGAAACAUACGGCCGCCGGGUGGUGACCAUCGUUGCCACAGCAACCGCAGUUCUGGCCAGUGGCUGCACCUCGAUCAAGGGACAAUCCAUCGGCCAGUACAUGGCAGCCAGGUUUUUCCAAGGGUUUGCAGCGGGCCCCGCGGCCAACGUGGGCCUCAGCAUCAUCAACGACAUCUCUUGGGAGCAUGAACGAGGGUUUCGGAUCGGUCUCUGGGCCAUGUCUGCAAACAUAGGAAGCGUCCUGGGCGGCCUCAUUGGCGGGUUUAUAGCCACCGUGAACCAAUACUGGGUGGCCUACCAUGUCACCAUCGCCUUCGCAUUUCUCUUGCUCUGGGAACUCCUGUUUCUGCCAGAAACUCAAUAUCCUCGCGCCCACGUUGUUGCUCUAGAGCUGCAACAAGCCGCUGCAAAGGCGCGUGGGGAAGCCUUGCAGAAUCCCGCGGUGGACAUCAAACGAACCACACAACUCCCCUGGCUGAACAUCCGCAAAAUCCCAGGUGUCCCCCACCCCAAACCUUGGGCAACCCUAAUCACAUUCUGCAAGCUGUGGGCGUACCCGAAGUUGGUCGCCAGUGUUUGCGGAUAUAUAUUUCUCCAUUAUUGGUGGAUCGUGGCUCUGCUCUCAAUGAUCCCCGCGGCGUACUAUGAGUACAAGAUCCAGAUCCAAGGUUUGUUCUUCACCGGAGCUCUGAUCGGGGUCAUCUUUGCCGAGAUAUUCUGCUCGGGCCAUUUGAGCGACUGGAUCGUCGUCCGCCUAGCGAGGAAAAACCACGGCCAGCGAACACCAGAAAUGAGGCUGUGGCUCGGCUAUCCCGGCGCCCUGCUCUCCGCCAUUGGCCUUGCGGUCUGGGGAGCUUCGGUCCAGAAAGGAUGGCACUGGAUGGUCGGUCAAGUGGCUCUGUUCCUGUUUGCGGUCGGCCUUCAAGCGGGCAACACGACCUUGUCGACAUAUAUCGUUGACUGCUACCCGGAGCACGCCAUUGAGGUCAUAACAUUUUAUUCCGUCAUCAUAAAUAUGUCCGCGUUUAUCGUUCCCUGGUAUAUUUACGACUGGACCGCCGCAGUUGGAUAUGGAUGGUGCUUCGGCACCCAGGCAAUCGUCUGCGCCGUUUUGCUGCCACUUACUUAUUUUGUACUCCACCGAUGGGGUAACAGGUGGGUAAAACCCAUAGUGCUCUCGUCCGAUGAGUUGCCAGACAUACGAAGCGUCGAAAGUAGCGUUCAGCAAGAAAAAUGA